AUGUGUUCUGGAAAUGUCACUGUCGUGACAGAAUUCGUUCUUCUGGGACUCACAGAUGAUCCACUGCUAGAGAAGAUCCUGUUCGGGGUGUUUCUGGUGAUCUACCUGAUCACGCUGUCAGGAAAUCUCUGCAUGAUUGUGCUCAUCAGGACCAAUUCCCACCUCCAAACCCCCAUGUAUUUCUUCCUGAGUCACCUCUCCUUUGUAGACAUCUGCUACUCUUCCAACGUGAGCCCCAAUAUGCUGUAUGACUUCCUCUCGGACACGAAGACCAUCUCCUACGCCGGCUGCUUCACGCAGUGUCUGCUCUUCAUCGCGCUGGUCAUCACGGAGUUUUACAUCCUCGCCUCCAUGGCACUGGACCGCUACGUGGCCAUCUGCAGCCCGUUACACUACACCACCAGGAUGUCCAAGAACAUCUGUCUGUCUCUGGUCACCUUCACUUACGUCUACGGCUUCCUGAACGGACUGUCGCAGGCCCUGCUGACCUUUCACUUGUCCUUCUGUGGCCCCUUUGAGAUCAACCACUUCUACUGCGCGGAUCCUCCCCUCAUAACCCUGGCCUGCUCUGACGCCUCUGGCAAGAAGAUGGCAAUGUUCGUGGUGGCUGGCUUCACCCUCUCCAGCUCGCUCUUCAUCAUUCUGCUGUCCUACCUUUUCAUCAUUGCCGCCAUCCUAAGGAUGCGUUCUGCAGAAGGAAGGCGCAAGGCCUUUUCUACCUGCGGAUCCCACCUGACAACUGUCGUCGGGUUCUACGGGACCCUCUUCUGCAUGUACCUGAGGCCCCCUUCUGAGAAGUCCGUCGAAGAGUCCAAAAUCUUUGCAGUCUUUUACACAUUUCUAAGCCCCAUGCUGAACCCCCUCAUCUACAGCCUAAGGAACAAGGAUGUGAUCCGUGCCUUAAAACAGCUGGUGAAGGGAAAUCUCAUGCACAAAACUGUAGCUUAG